AUGGACUCCCCGGGCACCGCCGGCCCUCCGUCCUCCUCCGCGGGCGACGCGCAGCAGCCGGUGGCGCUGGCGGUGGCGCCCCCGCAGCCGCAGCCGCAUCCCCCGCCGCCGCAGCAGCAGCUGAGCAGGUACGAGUCACAGAAGCGGCGGGACUGGAACACGUUCCUGCAGUACCUGCGCAACCACCGCCCCCCGCUGACGCUGGCGCGCUGCAGCGGCGCUCACGUCAUCGAGUUCCUCAAGUACCUCGACCAGUUCGGCAAGACCAAGGUGCACGCGUCCGGCUGCGCGCACUACGGCCAGCCCAGCCCGCCCGCGCCCUGCCCCUGCCCGCUCCGCCAGGCCUGGGGCUCCCUCGACGCUCUCAUCGGCCGCCUCCGCGCCGCCUACGAGGAGAGCGGCCACGCGCCCGAGUCCAACCCCUUCGCCGCGCGUGCCGUGCGGAUCUACCUCCGCGAGGUCCGCGACGGCCAGGCCAAGGCCAGGGGCAUACCCUACGAGAAGAAGAAGCGCAAGCGCACGCCGGCGCUCCCUGCCGGCGGUGCCGGGGAGGGAACGAACUCGUUGUCGGCCGCCGCGGCUGUCCCUGGACGCGGUGAAGGUGGAGAGCAAAGUGGCAGCGGCACCGCGGCGGCUUCGCCACUGCCGUCACCCACCGGCGCCCAGGCGGAAGGGAGUAGCGUCACCGCUGCACCAACAAGCACCUCCCGAGUAUAG